AUGAGAAUCGUCAGUUGGAUCCGUCAAGAGACAGGAUGCACCAGUUGUGGUGGUGGCAGCGGCAACUCCCGUCCAUCCACGGGGCGGCUGAUGCUGGCGCGGUGGUGUCGUGCCUUGGAGCCUACCAAGAGAGUUGAUUCGGUCGUCCAUGUCGUGGCAACGGUACAGGAGAUUGUAACUGACACGGGAGUUUUUUGGAACAGCGGAGCAGAGGAUGUAGCUUUGAUAGAAUAUACAAAAUUAACUAGUCGACCAUUUAGAGCCUUCAGCCUUGAUACUAGGAGGCUGAAUCCUGAGAAAUACAGGUUCUUUGAUACCAUAGAGAAGCACUACAGGAUCAACAUCGAGUACAUGUUUCCUGAUGCAGGGGAAAUACAUGGCCUUGUUAGAAGCAAAGGCCUCUUCUCCUUUUCCGAAGAUGGGCACCAAGAAUGCUGCCAAGUGAGGAAAGUGAGACCUCUAAGGAGAAUGUUGAAAGGCCUCCGCGCGUGGAUCACUGGGCAGAGAAAGGAUCAAUCCCCUGGCACCAGAACCAAUAUCCUUGUUGUUCAGUAUCCAGCUUUUCUUGGUGUUCAAAAGAAAAGUGAAAAACUAGUUCAGCAUGGCCCUAUCAUUGUGCAGAUAUAUGCUGAUCAGAGGCACGCAAAUUGUUCCUUAGCUAGAGACUACCUAGAGAAAAGGGAGAAAGCAUGGUUUGCAAGUCUCUGA